UAAGGCACACCUAGCUGAUAAACACUCAGCUCCAAAACAGAACCAAAGCAAUGGAUUCGCUCUCUCGGUUCAGCCUUUUUUGCCUCUUCCUUUCCCUCUUUCCCCUUUUUGCUUCCCCUGCCUUGCUGUUUCAGGGGUUCAACUGGGAAUCAAGUAGCAAAGGGGGUUGGUACAACUCUUUGAAGAACACUAUUUCUGAUCUUGCAAAUGCUGGAAUUACCCAUGUUUGGCUCCCUCCUCCCUCUCAAUCUGUUGCUCCUCAAGGGUAUCUUCCGGGAAGGCUAUAUGAUCUGGAUGCAUCAAAGUAUGGAUCCAAGGAUGAACUGAAGUCCCUAAUUGCUGCUUUCCAUGAAAAGGGGAUCAAGUGUCUAGCUGACAUAGUCAUCAACCACAGAACAGCAGAGAGAAAAGAUGGAAGAGGCAUAUACUGCAUCUUUGAAGGUGGCACACCAGAUGCACGUCUUGAUUGGGGUCCAUCUUUCAUAUGCAAAGAUGACACUGCUUACUCUGAUGGCACUGGAAACCUCGACAGUGGUGAGGGCUAUGAUGCUGCACCAGACAUUGACCAUCUCAAUCCACAGGUGCAGAGAGAGUUGUCUGAGUGGAUGAACUGGCUCAAAGCUGAGAUUGGUUUUGAUGGGUGGAGGUUUGAUUUUGUCAAGGGCUAUGCCCCCAGCAUUACCAGAAUUUAUAUGGAGCAAACUAGGCCUGAUUUUGCAGUGGGAGAGAAAUGGGAUUCUCUCUCUAAUGGCCAGGAUGGGAAGCCUAACUAUAACCAAGAUGGUCACCGUGGGGCACUGGUCAAUUGGGUUGAGUCUGCAGGUGGGGCUGUCACUGCCUUUGAUUUCACAACCAAAGGAAUUCUUCAGGCUGCUGUGGAAGGGGAACUGUGGAGGCUGAAGGAUCCAAAUGGGAAGCCAAGUGGAAUGAUUGGUGUGAAACCAGAAAAUGCAGUUACCUUUAUUGACAACCAUGAUACUGGUUCCACUCAGAGACUUUGGCCAUUCCCAUCUGACAAAGUCAUGCAAGGAUAUGCUUACAUUCUAACACAUCCUGGGACCCCAACAAUAUUCUACGAUCACUUCUUUGAUUGGGGUUUGAAGGAGCAAAUAUCGAAAUUGAGUGAGAUAAGGGUGAGGAAAGGGAUCAAUGAGAAAAGCAACGUGAAUAUUCUGGCAGCUGAUGCUGACCUUUACGUUGCAAAGAUUGACGACAAGAUAAUAGUGAAGAUAGGGCCAAAGAUGGACCUUGGAAACCUUAUUCCCUCUAAUUUCCGCGUUGCUACCUCUGGCCAAGACUAUGCCGUGUGGGAGUGACUCAAUUUAUUACCAUUACAAUAAGGAUUUCAUAUACUUCAUGUUUAUCAUAAAUUAUAAGAUCAUUUUAUACUUGAUCUUACCCAAAUACACCUUUACGUGGUUCAAUACACCCGUUUGCCGAAUACAAUAAUAUUAUAACUGAUACUUCCAAAGAA